GGUAACAAGUUUCAACAUAAACAAAACCCCGUUGUUCUGUCACCAUAACAGACAGUCGUUUAAAGGGCAGAGGCGCUUUAAAACAACAUUUCAAUCUAAUAUUCACGCAUUUACGUUAGAAAGGGAGAAAGAAGGAGGAACCAGAUAGUAAUAGCGGGAACAAUAACCUAAAUGUAACUGUAUAAACACUAUUAACAGAUUGACAGGAUGGAAUGUCUCUUCGGUCUGGUGUCCUGUGAAAGACAAAAAGUUCCUCUGAAGAGCGUGGAGGUGGAGCUGCAGGUGAAGGACCAUGUGGCUACAGUCAUCUCCACUCUGAACUACCAGAACAAGGAGGACAAACCCAUAGAGGCGCUUUUUGUCUUCCCUCUGCCUGGAGAUGCUGCUGUGUGUCAUUUCAGUGCUGACAUUGGACAGACACACAUUGUAGCUGAGCUGAAGGAGAAGCAGCAGGCUCGUGAGGAGUAUGACGAUGCACUGAGCUCAGGGCAGCAGGCCUUCCUGUUGGAGGAGAGUGAGCAGAAUCCUGAUAUCUUCUCUCUGAGUGUGGGCAGUCUGCCUCCAGGGGAGAGCGCCUCCAUCAGGCUGCAGUAUGUCAUUGAGCUGGCUGUGGAGGCUGAUGGGGCGCUGAGGUUCUGUCUGCCUGCUGUGCUCAACCCUCGCUACCAACCUCAAGGUAGUGAAGGUCCUGGAGUCCCGGUGAGCUCAGUUCCAGCCUCUGAGAUUCCCUACAGUCUGUCCUUUUCUUCACGAGUGUCCUCUCCUCGUCCAGUUUCCAAAGUAGAGUCCAGCUGUUCUCUGGAGCCUCUUCACUACCUGAACACUGAUCACACAGAGGCUGCUGUGAAGCUGGCUGCAGGACACAAGUUUGACAGAGAUGUAGAGCUGCUGAUUUAUUACAAAGAUGCUCACCAGCCCUCUGCUGUGGUGGAGGCAGGACAGGACUCUGCUCAGCCUGGAACACUGAUGGGUGAUCCAGUGGUGAUGGCGAGCUUCUACCCUAACUUUCCUGAGUCGGUGCAGUCUUCCUCGUCUUCCUGUGGAGAGUUUGUGUUCUUACUGGAUCGAUCAGGCAGCAUGGAUUUUCCUAUGGCUGACAUCCAUCAUCGAACUCGCAUCGACAGUGCCAAGGAAACUCUCCUGCUCCUCUUGAAGAGUUUACCAAUGGGCUGCUAUUUCAACAUUUACAGUUUUGGUGACCGUUUUGAACACCUCUUCCAGAAAAGCCUGAGGUACAGCCAGAAGACCAUGAAACAGGCUCUGAAAAAAGUCGAGGAAAUGUCGGCUGAUCUUGGAGGAACUGACAUCCUGGAGCCUCUCCAGCAUAUUUACAGACAAAGCUGCAUCCGUGGUCAACCUAGACAAUUGUUUGUCUUCACUGACGGCGAGGUGAGCAACACUAAGGAGAUUCUGGAUCUGGUGAAGGAGAACUGUGCUUCUUACAGGUGUUUCUCUUUCGGGAUUGGUCCAGGAGCCAGCUCUGCUCUCGUCAAUGGGAUGGCUAAGGAGGGAGGAGGUCAUGCCCAGUUCAUCACAGACAAUGACAGGAUGCAACUAAAAGCGAUGCAGUCUCUGCGGCUUGCUCUGCAGCCGUCUGUGGAGGACAUUUCUCUCACGUGGGAUUUACCCGCAGGAGUGACCGCCAAAGUCCUCUCUCCAACCAUCCAAAACAUUUUCCAGGGACAGCGCUCUGUGGUAUUUGCUCAGCUCACAGGUCAGAGCUCAAAGACAGGAGAGGGCUCUUUGACUGUGAAGUACAGCAUUGCAGGUCAUUCCUGUCAAAACCAACUGUUCCUCAGCCUCAAGCCUGCACCCAUGGGUUCCUGCACAGACAGCCUCACAGUGCACCAUCUGGCUGCGUUGACUCUGAUUCGCCGGCUGGAGAUGGAGGAAAGAGGCUGUGAAGGCGAGCAGAGUGAAGGGGUGAAGAAAAAGCUGGUGGAGGUUAGUGUAGAGUCUGGAGUGAGCAGUGCCUUCACGGCCUUCAUCGCUGUGGACAAAAGCAAUAACAGAAUAAUAAAAGGCCCACUAAUUACCCAAGAACUUCAUGCAGACCUGGUUUUAAAAGGUUCUUUGUUCUUCUUUGGAGAUGAUGACGAUGAUCUUUUUGGCGGUAAUAACGUUUUCAGGAGGAUUUACUCAUCUCUAAAAAAAAGGCCCAAAAAAAGCCUUUCAUUGAAAAAGUGUGCUUGCAGACUACCUGCUUCCAGCCUUAAAAGUGCUGGACGUCCCUCACCGCAGAGCAACGACUCCAAGCCCCGGUAUGAGGAUCCACUGCUGCAGCUGGUUUCCCUGCAGGAGGCCUGUGGCCGCUGGCUGCUUGAUCCAGCUCUGGCUAUUAUUCUGGGAAAAAGCAGAGAAGAAGUGAAAAAAGCCAAACCCACAAAGGUCAGUAAAGCAGCGUGGGCGACCGUUCUGGCUCUGAUUUGGCUCCAUAGCUCUAAGGUGGAGGCAAAGAAAGAAUGGGAGCUUAUUGCAGUGAAAGCCGUGUCAUGGCUGAAAACGCAGAAAGUGGCUUCCAUGUCCGAUUGUGUGGCCGCUGGAAAUGCACUUUUGUGUUGCAACGUGCAGACAGACACUCUGGGGCUGUGAUGUGUUCACUGAGGUUGUUUUUUUCAGGUUUAUGUUCCUGUGUUAAAAUCUGCAGGAGUUUGUUUGUUAAGAUGCUUUUCUAAAAUAAAACCGUUUGGAACAUGUUUUUAAAAGAAAAAAAAGUUACUGAGCUGGCAGCUAAAUUACUCUACAAUAAAAGUAACUAUUUGCUUCACUGUGUUUUUAAAUGAUCAACUGAAAUGUGUAAAAUAGACAUGUACUUGUGUAUACACCAGUGGUGGGCAAACUACGGCUCAGGGACUGGGAUUAAACUAUUUCAUCUGUUCUGCAAAUCUGGAAUAAAUGAAGUUGAUAAUCCUUA